AUGUUGUACAGUGCAACUCAGACCUUAAAAUUGGUGAGAAGGCUAGAAAAAGUGGGGUCGUCUUGUAGCCAAGAAACCCGGAGAGUUUUAUACCUGGAAUAUUCAUUGCCUUAUACACCACAGUUCGCACAAUGCAAGGAUCCCAGCACUGAAUUCUAUGAAGAAAGACUUAAUAAAUGUUGCAGCCAAUGCCCUCCAGGUCAGUAUAAGAGAGCGAGCUGCACUCACACUGUGGACACGAAGUGCAGUCCCUGUAGACCUGACACGUAUACAGCAAUCUGGAAUCGGUCUCCUCAGUGCUUUGCCUGCUCACCACCCUGCAGGAAAGGAUUUGUGCAGAAUCAAACAUGCACUGAGUCACAGGACAGAAUCUGUAGCUGCCCACCCAAUGAGUACUGCAUUUCAAAAAUAUACGAGUACUGCAAAAUAUGCAAAGUGCAUAAAAAAUGUGGAAAAGGUUACCGAGUUUCCAGAAGAGGCACAGAGAGCACAGAUACAGAGUGUAAACCUUGUCCUCUCGGCACUUUUUCACGUGAGGAAUCUUAUGAUACCAGCUGUAUACCGCAUACAGUUUGUAAAUCCGUGGCUGUUCCUGGAAACAGCAUAAAUGACACCGUUUGCAACGACUCAGGAACAGCAGUUGCCACAGUUCUACCUCACAGUAUCUUGAAUUUGCUUCUGACCCAAAGCUCUGCUUCCAACAAACCGGAAAUAAUAACUCAACCUGUCAUUUUAAAAUCUGCACCUGACACGUCUUACAUCAUCGGAUCAAUAGCAGGGACAUUGGUUUUGGUCGUGAUAAUCAUAAUUUUGGGGUAUUGCUUAGUCUCCCAAAAAAAAGCCCUUGUAUACUCUCCGUCGACUACAGAAGCAGAUUUGCCUUUUUCCCCUGCAGAAAAGCAGUGUGACAAAAAAGUAAGAAAUACGGGAUCGCAAAACUCCAGCAGUUCUGAACGAGAGGAACAGCAUCUCUUGGGAACUUCUGGGUCUAGCAGUAGCUCCCUGAGUAAUCCAGCUGCACCUGCAAGAGUCAGUGUAAUAAAUAACAAGAACAAUGAAAAGAAAGAAAAAGAAGGACUUCAGCAGCAACAUUCAGCUCCAGAAGGUUGUAAACUUCACAGUGGAGACAGGCACAACUCUGCAAGUUCAGAAAAAGCCGGCUAUGAGUGA